GAAACAUCCUCCCGGUAUGCAAGAAAAAUUUCUGGUACCACAGCCCUGCAGGAGGCUCUGAAGGAGAAGCAGCAACACAUCGAACAGCUCUUGGCAGAAAGGGACCUGGAGAGGGCGGAAGUUGCAAAAGCAACCAGUCACGUAGGGGAAAUAGAGCAGGAAUUGGCACUUGUUCGCGAUGGACAUGAUCGGCAUGUACUGGAGAUGGAAGCAAAAAUGGACCAGCUACGGGCUAUGGUGGAGGCUGCUGACAGGGAGAAAGUGGAGCUGCUCAAUCAGCUGGAGGAAGAGAAAAGGAAAGUUGAAGACCUUCAGUUCCGUGUGGAAGAAGAAUCCAUUACCAAAGGAGACCUAGAGACGCAGACCAAACUGGAGCAUGCCCGCAUUAAGGAGCUUGAACAGAGCCUGCUCUUUGAAAAGACCAAAGCUGACAAACUCCAGAGGGAGUUAGAAGACACUAGGGUGGCCACGGUGUCAGAAAAAUCUCGCAUCAUGGAGCUCGAAAGAGAUCUAGCAUUGCGGGUGAAGGAAGUAGCUGAGCUUCGAGGGAGAUUAGAGUCUAGUAAACACACUGAUGAUGUGGACACUUCUCUUUCAUUGUUACAAGAAAUAAGUUCUUUGCAAGAAAGAAUGGCAGCAGUUAGCAAAGAACAUCAGAAUGAGGUGAAUUCGCUGAAAGAGAAGUUUGGAAUUAGCGAAGAAGCAUUGCAGAAAGAGAUCAAAUCACUUGCAGCUUCAAAUGAGAGGAUGGCAAAGGAAAACGAAUCCCUGAAAACCAAGCUGGAUCACGCCAACAAGGAGAAUUCCGAUGUAAUAGAGCUGUGGAAGUCGAAGCUGGAAUCUGCAAUUGCCUCCCAUCAGCAAGCAAUGGAAGAACUGAAAGUUUCUUUCAGCAAAGGGGUAGGGGCUCAGACAGCUGAAUUUGCAGAGCUAAAGACUCAGAUUGAGAAGAUAAAAUUAGAUUAUGAAAAUGAAAUGUCAAAUCUAAAACUGAAGCAGGAAAAUGAAAAAUCUCAUCAUUUAAAAGAGAUUGAAUCACUGAAAGCAAAACUGUUGGCAGUCACAGAGGAGAAAGAGCAAAACCUGGAAAGCCUGAAGACCAAACUGGAAAGUGUGGAAGAUCAGCAUCUGGUAGAAAUGGAAGACACUUUAAACAAAUUGCAGGAAGCUGAAAUAAAGGUAAAGGAGCUAGAGGUACUGCAAGCCAAGUACAGUGAACAAACCAGAGUUAUUGAUAGUCUUACACCACAGAUCAGAGCUGCUGAAGAAAAGCUUUUGGACCUUGCUGCACUUCAGAAAGCCAGUUCUGAAGGUAAAUUGGAAAUCCAGAAACUUAGCGAGCAGCUUGAGGCAGCUGAGAGACAAAUUCAGAAUUUAGAGGCUGAAAAGGCUAGUAAUCUGGCCAGAGAACUGCAGGGCAAAGAGCAAAAGCUUCUUGACCUUGAGAAAAACUUGAGUGCAGUAAAUCAAGUUAAAGAUUCUUUGGAAAAGGAACUUCAAGUUUUGAAAGAAAAGUUUACUAGUGCAGCUGAUGAAGCAGAAAACGUUCAACAAACUAUGCAAGAAACAAUAAAAAAACUAAGCCAAAAAGAAGAGCAGUUUGCAGUCAUGUCUUCAGAACUGGAACAGCUGCAGUCUAGUUUGACUGUGAUGGAGAAGAAAUUGAAGGAGCGAGAAGAGAGAGAACAGCAACUGACUGAAGCUAAAGCCAAACUGGAGAACGAUAUUGCGGAGAUCAUGAAGUCCUCAGGAGACAGCUCUGCCCAGCUUACGAAGAUGAACGAUGAGCUCCGCUUGAAAGAAAGGCAGUUGGAGCAAAUACAACUUGAGCUUACAAAAGCAAAUGAAAAGGCUGUUCAGCUUCAGAAAAAUGUGGAGCAGACAACACAGAAAGCUGAGCAGACUCAGCAAGAAACUCUCAAGAUUCAUCAAGCAGAACUGAAAAAUAUGCAGGAUCAGCUAACAGACAUGAAAAAGCACAUCGACACUACCCAAAAUCAGUAUAAGGAUCUUCAGGCAAAGUAUGAAAAAGAAACUUCCGAGAUGGUCACUAAACAUGACGCAGAGAUCAGAGGCUUUAAGCAGAACUUGCUGGAUGCAGAAGAGGCACUGAAAAUUGCGCAGAAGAAAAACGAUGAGUUGGAAACACAGGCUGAGGAGCUGAAGAAGGAAGCAGAACAGGCCAGAGCUGCCAGGAUGGCAGAAGAUGUUUUCCAGACUGUGGAGAAGGUGACCAAAGAGAAGGAUGCCAUUCACAAAGAAAAGAUUGAAACUUUGGCCUCUUUGGAGAACUCUAGGCAGACAAAUGAGAAGCUGCAGAAUGAAUUGGACGUGCUUAAACAAAACAACCUGAAGAAUGAAGAGGAGCUUAGCAAAUCAAAAGAGCUUCUGAAUCUGGAGAACAAGAAAGUGGAAGAACUCACAAAAGAAUUCGAAGCGCUGAAGCUGGCAGCGGCUCAGAAGUCCCAGCAGCUUGCGGCUUUGCAAGAGGAGAACGUGAAACUUGCCGAGGAGCUGGGCAGGAGCAGGGACGAAGUCACAAGUCAUCAGAAGCUGGAAGAGGAGAGAUCAGUACUCAAUAACCAGUUGUUAGAGAUGAAAAAGAGAGAAUCAACGUUAAAAAAAGAAAUUGAUGUUUUAGCGUCGUUACAAAAAUCCAUCAGUGUUACUAGUGCCUUGAUCACACAAAAAGAUGAGGAGCUGGAAAAACUCAGAAAUGAGAUCACGGUGCUCCGUGGAGAAAAUGCUUCUGCAAAAACCUUGCAGUCAGUGGUUAAGUCACUGGAGUCUGACAAAUUGAAACUUGAGGAAAAGGUGAAGAACUUGGAGCAAAAACUCAAGGAAAACAACGAACAGCCUUUAACUGUCACCAGCUCCUCAGGUGACAUCGCUGCUCACCUGCUUCAGGAUGAAAUUGCAAAAGAGAAGCAGCACGAGAUUGACUUCCUGAAUUCGGUGAUAGUGGAUCUGCAGAGGAGGAAUGAAGAACUGAACUUGAAAAUACAACGAAUGUGCGAAGCAGCCCUCAAUGGCAAUGAAGAGGAGGUCAAUAACUACGACAGUGAGGAAGAAAGCCUGUCGAAGAAGAAACCUCGUCUCUUCUGCGAUAUCUGCGGCUGCUUUGAUCUUCACGACACUGAAGACUGUCCAACCCAGGCACAGAUGCUGGAGGAGCCGCCCCACUCGGCUUACCACGGCAGCAGGAGAGAGGAGCGCCCCUACUGCGAUACCUGCGAGAUGUUCGGGCACUGGACGGCCGACUGCAACGACGACGAGACCUUCUGACGCGCCGCCUGUCCGGGCGGAUGGACUGUGCGCGCCGGCUCGGCGGACGCCUCAUCCCACCAGCAUUUGUGUGCGCUGAAUGGCAGGAACAGGGACGGCGUUUCUUGACCCCCUCGCUCCCACCCCCUCGCUCCUCCGCUCCAGGAUCAGUACAUUGAUACGUGUGUUGCUCCUCCACUAA